UUGUAUUUCAUUUCUCUGUGGUGGCAUUGUGACAUGAUACACUGUUCGUAUAGGGAGGUAGUUUUACUAGGUAUAAUUACCACCUGUUCUGAGAAGGCGUCAUGGAUCAGAUUCAAGGGACAUGUAACAAGGAACAACGACGAGCUGUGUAGCUGUCAGUAAUCUCCACGAUGACUGGAUCAGGAAACAAACAGUUGUGCAAAAAGUAUCACAUGCGCUGCAAUAUACAAACGGAAUUGAUACUGGAUCCAACGGAACAUCUGUAGAUACCCAUGGAUGCUUAACGUGUAUGGACACAUCGUUACUCGCCAUGACUUUGUAGCAAACUUUAACAGAGGCUCCAUGGACAAGAUGAGUGCCGCCAUUUUGAUGACUGACAACUGGCAGCCGACCGUCCUGCAACUGAUGCCCUUCUCAAGCAACAAUGCAUCCCAGACUCCUACUCUACAUGCAGAUAACGCUCGAGGGUAUGGCCAGGCUAGGGGGUUCCCCACCCUGGCCGUAACGAGACCACAGGGCAGAAGGGACGGGGCCAAACCCCGCCGUGUGUCAUCUGAACGAAGGCCUAGAGAAUAUUCCUCAACUGGAAUCACUUUUCCUCCCCAACGAGCAAGAUCGGAGUAUAAUUCCCGUGUGACCAACUCGUUAGAGACGACAGAAAGUGACCACACUGUGACUACCGUGAAUAAUCAAAUUGUGAUUCGAACGCCUGACCUGUCGGAAUCUCUAGGCUCAUGUGAGAGUUUGUCGACCAUAGAUGUUCCGAAAAAUGUUAAGGUUCUUCCAAAGCCUUCCCCGUGUAAGGCGCUGGACGGGCGAUACUUCAUGCCCCAGAACGGUUUCUGGAGGUCGGUUACCUUGACACCAGGAGAAAUGGAAAUUCAGAAACACAGAGAUGGAUUUAUGAAGGACAAUAAGAAAAAUAAGAAGUAUAAAUUAAAUGUGAACCAGCUGCCCAGGAGCACCACCCCUAUCAACGAUAACGACCCAGAUAAGCUCAACAUGAAACAAGUCAUUCGAUUUUUACAGACAAAAGAAGCAGAGUCUUCUCCUGUUCAGAGUCCGAAGAAGUUGGAACGCCGUGUUCAGAGUGGAUACCCAAGCACCUCUCCUUCUAAGAUCGCCCUAAGAGACUCUGGUGAUGCGAUGAAGGACGUAAAUUUUCCACCCAUGUUACCGUUCAGGAGGGAGGUGACUAGUAUAUCUUUCACAACCAUCAAUCCAACCACUCCAGUUAUAAAGAAACGUUCUCAAAGACCAAAACGAGAUGCAGAUGAUGUAACGAGAUCUUCUGAAAGUGCUAACCGUUCUUCCUUCAAAACCACGCGAGAAUUCCGUCUGCAUCGGUUCCUGACGAUGGCUCCAAACGCAGACGAGUUCACCCAUGUGACCCGCAAUAAACAAAGUCAUCCCAUAUCGUCUGCUCAUAAACGUUUGCUCAUUACGGGAUGCUCUAGGGAUGAUGAUGAGACGGACUCCAUGAGGAACUGUUGCUCACCUGUCCCCGCUUACUCACACUCGCGACGAGGGGAACGUUUCGCUAAAUUUCAGUAUCGCCUUCCCAACAAACGUUUAGGGUCAUCUCAACCACAAGUCAAAACCACACAUUCCUCAAAAGCCGAAUCCAAAGACGUUGAUAGUGAAGGUGUGAUAAGACUUCCGAGUAUGACAGACUUCAACAACGAUUCCGAAAAUGACGAAAGUAAAGAUGACGACCCGUGGCGGAAGAACGUUCGGAAUUUUAGGACUGCUUCAUUAUGUGUGGAAGACUCAUCUGCUGAUCUGAAUGAGCGAGAGUCAGAUUCACAGUCAUCUGCCAGAGAUAUUUCAUGGGAUUCCGACACCUCAAGUAAGCCGAAUUCAAGGAAAGUGACCAUUAGCCUUCCACGGGAAUCACCUUCCGACAGACCUGAUAUCGUGCUGCCGACCAGACGGACACACGAUCCCGUUCGUCUGUCGUUGAGGCAGGAGCAGACUCUGACGCGGGAAAAGACGUACAUGAGUGACAUGGCGAGGAAGGGGGAGCUCGGUGGACGGGGAAUGAUGGAACCGAAGCUGCCGUUCGUUGCUGUAAAUGCCAAGGCGGAGGAUGGGCUAUCUUCACGGAAUUCUUGAUUAUAGUAUUAUGUUGUACAGGGACCAAAUGUCGACAGAAGGAUUAAGGUAUUCGAAUAACAGUUGUUCCAGUUUUAAGGAUGAAGCUGUUACGGGGGAUGAUGUUUGAUAGCCUCAUCAUAACAUUGAUACAGUGUCACCAGCAUCCCAUAAAAGAGAUUUUAUCAACCACUCAAUCAAGAUUAAGACAACUUUUUAUGAUAACGUUUAAAUUCCACAUGAUUCAUGACAUGGCUUGGGAGUCAUGGCUUGACCUAGUGGUUAAAGUGUUCGGUCGUCAAGUUAAAUGCCUGUGUUCGUUUCCCCAUAUUGAUACAAAGCGUAAAGCUUGCAUGGGGUUCCUUUCCACGUCAGAAUCUUAAAACAGUAUAAACACGAA